GAGCGGGGAACGCCACUAACCAAGGAGCAGGUCAAAUCCAACAUCGCUGAGAGGGGGAAAAAAAAAAGAAAAACCUCUUCGACCUUCUCUUACUUAAAAAAGAAAAGCAAGAAAUCGGAAUCUCUAAUCUGAGCAGCGGGCUGCAAGGAACAAGAGUGCCAUUUAGAUUUAGAUUUGGAAGACCUACAUUUGCAAUCCAAACUCCAGGAGAAUUUGCAUUAAGAAUAUUUCUGCAUUGGGGAAAGGGGGAAAGGGGGAGAGGAGGUUUUUUUUGUUGCAUUCGAAGAGCCGGCAUUCGAAGGGAGUUUCUAUUGAUUUUUUAUUAUUUUUUUUUUUGCUGGGCAGUUGGAUUUAGUUUGGAGAUGUUUAGCGUUGGUUUGCUGCAGAUUCUGGCUGUUCUCGGACCAGCGGCGGCUGGGUGGACGGGGCCACUGGAAGAGGAGCUGGUCUACCCGAGGAAGUUGAGGCCGGAGCCGGGCAGCAGUAAUGAGGAGGUCUCCUACACGCUCCAUGCCUUCGGCGAGGAUUUCACCCUGAGCUUGGCUGCCGACUCGGGCUUCUUGGCUCCGGCUCUCACCCUGCAGACGCUGGGCAAGAAGGGGGGAGACGAGACGGACGAAGAGGAGGGAGAGGGCGGACACCUCGACCACCACCACCACCGUGACCUGGCUCGUUGCUUCUACACGGGCACCGUCAACUCUGUCCCCGGCUCCCUGGCGGCGCUCAGCAUCUGCCGGGGGCUCCUCGGGGCGUUUGUCGUCGGCGGGCAAGAAUUUCACAUCCAGCCCAGCACCAACCAGACCCAGUCGGGACCGCUCGGUCCGCACCUGGUCCGGAGACGUGGCCGGGGACCAAGCGCCGGCUCCAAGUGCGGGGUCGGGGACGGAGACGGAGACGGGCAGAGCGAGGGGACCGAGCAGCCGGCGGGGUCGGAGAGAGACGGGGUCCCGGCCCGGGGUCCCACCCCGCCCCGCAGGGCCAAGAGAUUCGUCUCGUCUCCCCGCUACGUGGAGACGCUGCUGGUGGCCGACCGCUCCAUGGCCGACUUCCACGGCAGCGGCCUCCAGCACUACCUGCUCACCCUGAUGUCCGUGGCCGCCCGGCUGUACCAGCACGCCAGCAUCAAGAACUCCAUCAACCUGGCGGUGGUCAAAGUGCUGGUGGUCUACGAGCAGGAACUGGGCCCCGCCGUCUCGCCCAACGCCGCACUCACGCUGAGGAACUUCUGCAAUUGGCAAAAGCAACAUAACGUGGCCAGCGACCGCAGCCCCGAACACUACGACACUGCCAUCCUCUUCACCAGAACCGAUCUGUGUGGAGCCAAGACCUGUGAUACGUUGGGGAUGGCGGACGUGGGGACUAUCUGUGACCCCAGUAGAAGUUGUUCGGUCAUCGAGGACGACGGUCUACAAGCUGCCUUCACCGCUGCCCACGAGUUAGGUCACGUGUUCAACAUGCCUCACGAUGACGCGAGGCAGUGCCUUCACACCAUUGGCCAGACCAAGAAUUCCCACAUGAUGGCAUCCACUCUCUCCAACUUGGACCGCAACCAGCCCUGGUCCGCCUGCAGUGCGUACAUGAUCACUUCCUUCCUCGACAACGGGCAUGGCGAGUGUUUGUUGGACAAGCCGCAGAAGCCCAUCGCGCUUCCCCGCGAGCUGCCGGGAACCGUGUACAACGCCGAUCGGCAAUGCCAGUUCACCUUCGGAGAAGACUCCCGCCUCUGCCCCGACGCUGGCAACACCUGCUCGCUGCUCUGGUGCACCGGCACGUCCGGCGGCAUGCUCAUCUGCCAGACCAAGCACUUCCCCUGGGCCGACGGCACCAGGUGCAGGGAAGGGAGAUGGUGCAUGGAGGGCAAAUGUGUCAACCAGUCCAGCAUCAAGGACUACAGUACUCCGGUGCACGGCGGCUGGGGAAUGUGGGGAUCGUGGGGAGACUGUUCCCGGACCUGCGGGGGAGGAGUACAGUAUUCCUUCCGGCACUGCGACAAUCCGGUGCCGAGGAACGGCGGGAAGUAUUGCGAGGGGAAGAGGGUGCAGUACCGAUCCUGCAACACCAUGGACUGCCCGUACAAGAACGGCAUCACCUACCGAGAGGAACAGUGUGAGGCUCACAACGACUUCUCAAAGUCCACUGCCUUCGGGGGAAUGCCUGCGGUGGAAUGGAUCCCAAAAUAUGCCGGAGUUUCUCCCAGGGACCGCUGCAAACUCAUUUGCCGGGCAAAAGGAACGGGAUACUACUUUGUGCUUCAACCCAAGGUUGCCGACGGCACUCCCUGUAGCCCGGACUCCACCUCCGUCUGCGUGCAGGGGCAGUGCGUCAAGGCCGGCUGCGACCGAGUCAUCGGCUCCAGCAAGAAGUUCGACAAGUGCGGCAUUUGCAAGGGCAAGGGUCUGACUUGCAAGAAGAUCACUGGCUCACUCGACCGUUCAAAGCCGGGAUACCAAGAGGUUGUUACUAUCCCCGCCGGAGCGACCAAUAUUGACAUCAAGCAACGUAGUCUUCGAGGUGCAAGGCACGACGGGAGCUACCUGGCGUUGAAGAGACUCGACGGCACGUACCUCCUGAAUGGAGACUACACCCUCUCGACCCUGGAGCAGGACAUUUCCUACCAGGGCACCAACCUGCGCUACACGGGCUCCUUGGUGUCGCUGGAGAGGAUCCGCAGCUUUGGUGCGCUGCAGGAGCCGCUGGUGGUGGAGGUGCUCUCGGUGGGAGACUCCAUGCGCCCCAGGGUCAAGUUCUCCUUCUUCGUCAAGAAGAGCUUGCAGCAGCUGCCCACCGCCCCCAACGGCAGGAGGCCCUCGUUCAACGCCAUCCGCGAGACGGUGAUGGCCGAGUGGGUGAUCGGCGAGUGGGGCGAGUGCUCCAAGAGCUGCGGGCUGGGGCUCCAGCGCCGCGCGGUGGAGUGCGCCGACCGGCACGGCGCCCCCGCGGCGGACUGCGAGCGCGAGCUGAAGCCCGACGACCUGCGGCUGUGCGCCGACGUGCCCUGCCCGCGCUGGCUGCUGGGCGAGUGGUCGCCCUGCUCCAAGACCUGCGGGAAGGGCUUCAGGAAACGCUCGCUGAGGUGCGUCACCCGCGCCGGCCAAACGCUACCGCACGACAGCUGCGGCACGGCAAAAAAACCCAAGCACUUGAUCGGCCUGUGUACCUUACGGGCUUGUGCUUAGAGACUCCCAAAUGCAAAGACUAUACCCACCUGAGUUCACGUUCAACGUAAAUGCACUGAUGAGGGUCUCCUAAUCCAUUGUCAUGUCAUAAGGAAUAGGAGUAGAAUUAGGCCAUUCGGCCCAUCAAGUCUACUCCGCCAUUCAAUGAUGGCCGAUCUAUCUCUCCCUCCUAACCCCAUUCUCCUGCCUUCUCCCCAUAACCCCCGACACCCGUACUAAUCAAGAAUCUAUCUAUCUCUGCCUUAAACAUGUAACAUGAACAUGACUCCCAUCCAACCCAUAUUUCACUUUGACAAUGAAUGUUUGAUUUAGUUGUAAUAGACCAUUGGGUAGAUAAUGGUCUUGUGAGGGGGACAAUCGGAGG